AGGAGCCUCCCUCAUCCUGCUCUCAGGUCAGUCCUGUAGAGAUAAGUCUCAAAGAAAUUUAAAAAGUGCAAAAACCAGAGACUCUUUGGUCUACUAACUCUUUUGCCAUGGGUUGUUUAGCUGGAUUGGGGUGGUUUAUUGUCCUUCUAGCAGUUGUCAACCUAGAGGCACCAAAUAAGUCCUCUAUAAAAAUCCACUCUAAAUGCCUGGGGAACUUGCUGCGUGUGGAUGUCAGUCAACUUGGAGGAAGUUUUCUUGAAGUGUCCGCUGUCAUAAAUAACUCUUCAUACAUCCUCAAGCCAAGCUUAUCUUCUCAGUGUGGCUUCACCUUGAAGAAAGAUCACCUGGGAAACGUUGUGAUUUAUGCCUCCAUCCAAAACUGUUUUGCUCAAAAUGUGGACGAUAAAGCAUUCACAACAACAUUAGUUCUGCGAAUUCAAUCGAACAAUAUGGUUGAAGAUGAGUUGUACCGGGUGGAAGAAACCUGCUACUACUCUCCCUGGGCCUCCAGGGAAAUUGUCUGUAAACCCAACUAUAUGGAGGUGUCGGUGAAAAAAGCAGCUCCAAAUGGUCCUCGAAGAGCUCCUGAGCCCAUGGAUGCAGGCUUCAGAAUCACCGCAGUGGUGUUCUUCAGUCCUGAGCAGAGGGUCAUGAAAGUAGACGAAGCCCAGAAAAAUGGUUAUUGGAUCUCAAGCACUCCCAACAGGCUGGUUCUGCGAAGCCCAAAUCCUUCACGUGAAACAUACACCCAGGAUGUAGCAGGUGUGCCUAUGACGGUUCUGAACACCUUGGCUUUAUUUGAGAAGACAAUGCUGACAACUCGGCUUUAUGCAGGAGCUGCCUGUCCUCAGCCUCAGGGUGGUGUUUUCUUUACUGAAACCUCUAUCCGCUGGUUCCUGCCGAGGCGCAUUGACCCUCUUAUUUCCUCGAAACAGUUCAGGCUGUUGGAGGUGACCAUGGGCGUCGAUGGAAGGAGGCUCGUCGAGAAGAUAUCUGCCAGAAAAUACUCCCUGACUCUCGAUGACCUUUACGUCAUUGUUGAAAUUCCUAUUGGGGCAGCUGGUGGCCAGAUUAAGAGUCAUGUCCAGAAUGGUCAGCACUUCACUUCCUAUAAGAUUGAGCUGAUGCUCGAGUUGCUCUGGACUGAAGACGACACUAACGAGGACACAAGAUACAAAGUCAUCCUCCCCGUCGAGACCCCACUGAAGCCUCAACCUCCUCAAGUCAUUGACACUCCUCCGUCUAUCUCUGGAAGCUGCGACGAUAAAAACUUCCAUGUCCUCGUGAAAUACGCGAACAAAGAAUUAAACUUUGAGACCAUAAUUGGAAAACAAUUGCUGACCGGGGGCCUGGCUCGGCAGUACGGCUUCAUGGGCAACAACACGCAUUUCAGUUUGACUGUACCAUUUUCUGCACCUGGUGCUAUGCUUGAGGCUGUUGAGAAGUCAUCCAUCAGGAGUAGACUGGAUGUGACUCUGAGAAAUAUGAAGACCAACAAAAAUGUCCAAGAUUUCGCCUUGGCCUGCAACUUUGUCACAAAGAUGAUUGAGUGUUUCCCUAAUGGGACCAUCACGGCUAUGGCUAUAACGCUGGAGUCUGUUCCCAGUCUGAACCCCAGACAGCUCACCCUGAGAAACCCCGCCUGUGGUCCGACAUACAGCAAUGACCAGUAUGCUUAUUUUGUCUUCACUGCGAACUCCUGUGGCACGACCAGAAAGUUUUUGCCGAAUAUGAUGCUGUAUGAGAAUGAAAUCUCUAUCCCAGAUGAAGGUGAAUCGAGAAGGCUAUCACAGUCGCAGGAGCCAGAGUUUGAGCUUAAGGUGUCUUGUUACUAUGACAUCUACGUAAAUCACGCUGUACUCGUCAACACCCGGCCUCGCAGGAGUGAACCGUAUGCUGACGAUGCAAGUGGCCGGCUGCAGGUUGAAAUGAGAGUUGCUAUGGACGACUCCUACAGUGUGUUUCACCGCGUCGAGGAGGAUCGCAUCACAAAGUACCUACAACAGCCGCUGUACUUUGAGGUGGAGCUGAUGGAAUCUUACAACCCUGAAGUAUCUCUUGAGCUGGCGUACUGCUGGGCGACACUGGAGGAGGACAAGAUGUCCCUCCCCAGAUGGGACCUAAUCAUUAACGGUUGUGCAAACCCAAGGGACCCGCACCCAGUGAUCUUCCACUCUGUUUUGCCUGAGGGCAGAGUUCAUUAUCCUUCCAACUUCAAGCGGUUUGAAGUUCCGAUGUUUGCCUUCGACAAAGACAUGGAUAACCUGAACCGCCAGGUGUUUGUCCACUGCGACGUGGUCAUCUGUGAUGUUAGAAAUCCAGUUCAUAGAGCUUGUAAUGUACAGUGUUCAAGCCAGGACAACAGGAUGAAAGGUCAAAAACGUGCCGUUUCAGAUGACCCUGCUUUCAAACACGUGUCUUCAGGACCCAUCAUUAUGAGUUCCUAAACAAAAUCCUAAUAAAGAUUUUAAAAGACUUCA